AUGAAGGCCACGUCCGUUUCGACCCCCAACAUCCACCUUUGGUCAUCGCGGCACACUGUGGUCAGUGGCACAACCGGGACAGACCCAUCAGUACCAAACCAGUCGGGGUCGGCCUCGUUGCCGCCACGCAGUGCGUGGGUGCGUACGUGUCUGUGCGCGCGCAACCUUUUGAUGUUUGCCAUUGUUGCGCUCCACUUCUCCUCCUUUCUGUUCGUACUGCAAUCUCCGGCCGAUCGAGAUCCGGAAUCGUUGGUGCCGGACGAGCGGAAUGUAAGGAGACGGCACCAAAAUCAAUCCGUGUCGAUUCCGGUGUUCAUACCCACUACGAGUACCCCUGCCGCUGCCGCUACUUCCUGGCUAGCCACUGGCUCGUCCCAGCCCCGAGCACCAUCGUCACCGUACGCCUACACUUUUGUUAUUGGAGCCAUUCACGAAGAUCGACCCGCCUACAAGGGAUUCAUCUACGACAUUCUCGUAUCCUUUCAUUCCUUGCAAAAACUCGGCUCGCAAGCCGAUUUCUGGGUCCUCGCACAGCUCGCCCCCGAUUCGAAUCUGACCGAGCUUCCCGCGGAAGACAUGCGCGCUCUCCAUACAUUGGGCGUUCGCGUGAAAAUGCUGCCCCAAUCCGAGUCCGACUCGUUCGCCGAAUUCGUGUACAACAAAUUCCUCGUCUUCCGGAUGACCGAAUACCGACGCGUUCUUUUUCUCGACGCCGACCUUAUCCCCCUUGCCAAUCUCGACUACCUAUUCCAUCUAUCGGACCAGGGCGAAGCAUCCCUCAUCCGACCCAAUCUCAUUAUUGCUACUCGAGGCGAGCCCUGUAACGCGGGGUUUUUCAUGGUCGAGCCCCACGAAAAGGCCUGGCAACGGCUGCAAGGCAUUGUGGCCCGGCACCACGAGGAAGCCAAAACCUUGCCUUAUCCUCACUUUGACUGGCGGAACGGCUGGGGUCACAACUUUCAAAAGGCAGGAGACGAAUGGCGCGCAGUCCUGCGCAACGGUCAAGCCUGGCGCUUCCACGCCGGUCACUCCGACCAAGGAUUGCUGUACUACUUUUUGAAGUACGCCCAACAGGACGUAACUCUGGUCAUUGGCGAACGGGUGGAAAACUGGGUGCCGGGGACAGUCGACGGCCAACCCCAAAUGGCGGCCAAUCUCACCACUCCGUUCAACAAUUACACAACGGACGAAGCCAGGGCAAAGAAGUCGUCCUGUCUCGUUCAAAAUACUGCCUACGAGUGCGUGCCUCCCUACCGUGAUUUUAUGCACUUUAGCGGUUCCUCCAAACCUUGGCAAGGGAUGCUGCCGAGGGCGUUCGUGUUGGCGCAUGAGGGACUGGACCGGUGGGAAAAGUUACCAACUCCGUUGUGGCCCAGUCUUCUUUGGUUCAAGGAAUUGAUCGAAGUGAACGAUCUACUCCAACUCGGCUUGGACGUAGAAAAUUGGAACGAACAGCACUUGCCGCGAAUGAAAGAUUCCCCCAUGGGAUACAUUGCCAAAUUUGCGGAUCACGCCAACCACGUGCACGGCGCUUCUUCAUAA